UCAUGUUGAAUUUACACAACGCGUUAUUUUCGUGACUAUUCCUUGGUUUUAUCUUUACAAUAUAAAAUAAAUCACUAAAAAUGUCGGAAGCAAUAAAUCAAAAAGCAUACCUACAAAAAUAUUUAACCGGUCGAUCAGCUGAAAAGAAGAAAAAGAAGAAAAAAUCUGUGAAAGGAAAAGGAUUUAAAAUAAUUGAUGAUGACAUAGAUCUCACAAAGUUACGCACGCUAGGUGGUGACGAGUUGGACAUAUUGAAUGAGGGUGAAGAUGCACCCCAGGUAGUCGGAAUCAUUGACGAGAGACCCGAAGAGAUCAGGAAGUUGGAGGAUUUUAAAACAACUUCCAAAUGGAGAGUCAUUAACCAGGAUGAUGGUUUUAAUAGUAAAUUACAAAUUGAAGAAGUUAAACGUGAUAAUAAAGAAGUAGCGAAAGAAAAUGAAAUUGUAUUCGGGAAAAUGUACAGUGACUCAGAGGAUGAUAAUAAGGGUGAUUCCGAUCCAUCACCACCGAGAAAAAGCUCUGAAAAAAAUGAGACGAAAAUUUCUAAGAAUAACCGAGACAGUGACAGUGAUUUCAGUCCACCUCGAAGAAAAGAUAAAUCAAAAGAUAAAAAUUAUGACUCAGAUCCUUCGCCACCUAGAAAUUCUAAGAAGACAGUACAAAAUAAUGAUAGGAACCGUCGAAGAGAUGAGGGAAGCCCUCAGAGAAGGAAACAUACUUCAAAUUGGAUGAACAAAAACGAUGACUCAGAUGUAUCGCCUCCACGAAAAAGACCCAAAGAAAAAUCUUCUAAAGCAAAUAGAGAUUAUGAUACCCAAUUAUCUCCACCAAGAAAAUCUAGCAGCAGUAAGAUUAAAAGAGAAAGAAAACCAUCCCGUUGGGGCGAUUUUGAUGAUACACAAGAAAAUAAAUCAAGGCGAUCUAACAGUCGUGAAACUUCUCCAAAUAGAACUAACAACAGGUCUCGUUCACCAGACAAAAGCGAAAAAGACAUACGCAAACAAAAAUCCAAUUCUGACACCUCAUCACUCAAACCAAGAAGUAACGAUUAUGACUCAGAUUUAUCGCCUCCUCGGAAAUCAAGACGUCAGUCACCAAAAUCGCAGGAUUCAGAUGGCUCACCUAGAAGAAGAAAGAAGGAAGAAAAUUAUGAGAAAUGUAAAAAUAGUGAAAGAAAAAACUUUGAUAAAAGAAGAGGGUCACCUAAGAAUAAGAGAUCAGAUCAAUUUCAGAGGCAAGAUAGAAGGAAGGAGAGGACGAAUGAAAGUGAUUCCGAUUUGUCACCGCCGAGAAGGGAAAGGAGCAAGAAUCAUAGUGGAAGAGAUUACAGAAACGAUGAGCCCCCACCAUCGAAUAAGAAAAUGGAAAAAACUUUAGAUGGCAAGAAAGCUGGCCUGCAAGAUGCUGGUCAAUUGAAAGAAGAGAACCAAGCAUUUAGAAGACGAGAAGAAGAGGUAUUUAAACACAUGACAGACGAAAUGUCUGGUAGAAAUGCUAAAGCUGUGUCGAGGAAAAGUAAAAGAGAUACCUCCCAAGACAGACAGAUGCAAAGGGAAAAAGCAGAGAGACAAAAGGAGUUAGACGAGAAAUAUAAAAAAUGGAGUAAAGGGAUUAAACAAAUCGAAGACCAGCAAGCAGCGGUCCAAGACUUCAUACACGAAGCGUCCAAGCCGCUCGCUCGGUACAAAGACGACCGUGACCUUGAAGGUCAGUUGCGAGACGUCGAGCGAGCCGGAGAUCCAAUGCUGAAGUACAUACGAGAGAAAAAGAGGGAGAGAGGGGAGUUGGGACCUGAAAAACCAACAUAUAAAGGCAAUUUUCCGCCAAAUCGUUUUAAUAUACGACCAGGAUACAGGUGGGAUGGUGUCGAUCGUUCUAAUGGUUAUGAAAAGAAAUACUUUGAUCAGCAAAGCAAGAGAAAGGCUCAAGAGGAAGAAGUCUACAAAUGGAGUACGGAAGACUUGUAAAUAAAUUAAAUAUGUUUGUAAAUAAUUUUUUACGAACCAAAUUGAAAUCUGAUAUUAAACUAUUUUACUUUA